AUGACUAGGAAGGUCCGCUUCUCAGACAAGGCCACGGUACACCAUAUCCCAGCGGUACCCCCUCUCUCGCAUUCACCACCCUCCCCUGCCUCCUCCGGGAGCCUGCCUACACCCCCGAACCUUCCAUACACCCUCCCUGGGUCCACGCCGUACCCUUUCGUGCUCCCUCCCAAGCCCGCUGCACCGCUCCGUCACCAACCCCAGCUUCAUGCUGCCCUCGCGGGCCCUCAGCCUAACAUUCUCUAUGACUGCAGCUAUUCGCCGUCGCAUCUAUCCAUUUUGAACCGUCAUAUUUCACCACGUUUCGCCUCUGAAUCUGCGACGUACCCACCCACAACGUCCAUGACUAUCUCGUCACCGUCCCUACCCUGGACUUUGCGCGUUACACCGCGCCAUGGUGUGAUCAGCGUGUCAGAUGUCCUGUAUGCCAUCUAUGAUGGCCUUCGCUCAGGCAUCUACCCUCAGGACUUCGAAAGCAUGACUCGUGACAAUCAGAAGAGGGUGAGGAAGGCAUACGAGAACAGGUACCGCCGUAUGAGGAGCUCGACUGCUGCUUUGGAGAAGGCUAACGGAGUCAAGAGGGUGGACUUCCUGAUGGGACACACUGUAUUCAUGGGAUUGGCCCCAACCAGGAAUCCUACUCACUGGGUUCUGAUCACGUCAAAAUGA